GCCUUGACAGACAGCAGUCACCACAUAGCCUUACCUUUCUGCUGGAUCACCGACCGGGCGAGAACCCCACAACACGGAAUAAAAUGUCCCUCUCAUCUAUCCUUUCCGCUGAGGCCAUCGACAGUGCUAUCAAGGACUGCCAAGUACCAGACUCCUUCUGCCCUAAAAAGUUUUUCCAAAUCUGCGGCCUCUCCAAGAAGACACCUCAGGAUGUGAAGAAGGUUUUUGGGAUCCUGGACAACGAUGGCAGCGGGUUUAUUGAGGAGGAAGAGCUCAAGUUUUUCCUCCAGAGGUUUUCUCCUGGUGCUCGCGUUCUGACAGACAAGGAGACCAAAGGUUUCCUGUGUGCCGCUGAUGACGACAGUGAUGGGCGGAUUGGAGCAGACGAGUUCCAGGCCAUGGUCUUCUCCUAA